AUGGCUGUGGGGAGCAGGUUGGCGCGCGUGAAGCAGGUGGAGCUGGCGCUGCAGGAGGAGGCUGUGGAGCUGCCCUUCUCCCUUGUGCUGCUCCCCCAGCUGCAUACGCUGGUCAUGUGGAACGUGGGGAAGAUGCAGCGGCUUCCAAGCGACAUGGGAUGGGCUGUGCCGCAGCUGAGGGUUCUGCAGAUCCACUGUGCGCGAGAAUUGAGGGAGCUGCCGGACAGCAUUGGCGCUACAUCCUGCCUGCACCAGCUGCACCUCUUUGAGUGCCCCGCUCUGCACCACCUGCCCGCUUCCCUCACCCAGCUUGCAUGCCUCCACCAGUUGCAUGUGGAGAACACAGGCCAGCACUGCCUUCCUUCAGAGUUUGCUCAACUGACCCGGCUGCGCAGUUUUAGGCGGCCAGGGCGCCACCACUCGUCAUUGCUGGGCUCUUCUGCCUGCCUGCAUUCUUCAAGCACGAACCCUUCCUCCUCUGCCGCCGCCGCCUCCGCGUCCUCCUCGGCGGCGUCAUCCUCCUGUGCCGCCGCCUGCAGCUCCUCGGCCGGCAUGGGGACUUCAGCGUAG